AUGCCGCGCCGAGGAUCCAGCAGCGGCCGCCGGCGCCGCCGCAACGAGGAGGACGAGGAUCUCCCCUCUGACGACACCUCCGACGCCGACUUCGUCGCCGACUCUGGGGACGAGGCGGAGGACGACGACGACGACAGCGACGACGAGGGGUUCGCGCCCGAUGAGGACGCCCCGCCUGCGCCCGCGGUGCCCGAGACGGCCCUGCCGCCGCCGGUGCCCGCGAUGGUGCCGCCGGUGCCGAUCCGGAUUAAGAAUCAGGCGCCGAAAAGGAGGCGGGGCAAGAAGGCGAGGGACGACGCGCCGCCCCUGCCGUGGGAAGAGUGGGAAGUGGCCAACGACAGUUGGCUCGACGAGCUUGAAGCGGCCGAUGGCGACGGGGACGGCGAGGCCACGGAAGCCGCACCGGCGGCCGUGCCGACCGCGGACCCGGCCCCGGAGGUGGUGCUCUCGCUGCUGCGCUUCCAGAAGGAGUGGCUCGCGUGGGCGCUCGCGCAGGAGGCAUCCGUCUCGCGGGGCGGCAUCCUCGCCGACGAGAUGGGGAUGGGGAAGACCAUCCAGGCUAUCUCGCUCGUCCUGACUGCGCGCCGUCUCCGCCCCCCGGACCACCACUCCGCGGCCUCCUCGUCCAACUCCUCGGUGGGCCGCCCGAAGGUCGGGUGCACGCUGGUUGUCUGCCCGGUGGUGGCCGUCAUCCAGUGGACUGAGGAGAUCGAGCGCCACACUGAAAGUGGCAGCGUGCGUGUGCUCAUCUACCACGGUGCCAAGCGUGGUACUCAGAAGUUCGAUUUCAACAGCUAUGACUUUGUUAUCACCACCUACUCCACCAUCGAGGUGGACUACCGGAAGCACAUCAUGCCACCCAAGAUUCGGUGCCAAUACUGCAGUAGAUUGUUUUACCCCAACAAGAUGAAGGUGCACUUGAAGUAUCACUGUGGGCCUAAUGCUAUACGCACGGAAGCUCAGGCUAAGCAGCAGAGCAAGAAGUGGGACAGCAGCAAGGGAAAGUUGAGGGGGAAGAGAAGGGUUCAUAAGAAGGGUGAUGAGGCGAAUAUGGAUUUUCAAGAAUUGGCUGAUGAAUCGGGCAGCCAGUCGAGGGGCCAAUCUCCCCUGCAUUCUGUGCAGUGGGAGCGUAUUAUCCUGGAUGAGGCUCACUUCAUAAAAGAUAGACGAUGUAAUACUGCACGGGCUGUUUUUGAAUUGGAGUCAGAAUACAAGUGGGCUCUGAGUGGGACACCUUUGCAGAACCGUGUUGGAGAACUUUACUCGCUUAUUCGGUUCUUGCAAAUCUUCCCCUACUCAAACUAUUUCUGCAAGGACUGUAGCUGUGAGAUACUAGAUACCAGUAUGAAGAAACAAUGCGACUGUGGUCACUCAUCUGUUAGGCACUUUUGCUGGUGGAAUAAGUACAUAUCAACACCAAUACAGUACGGGUCAACAACUUUUCAAGGCAAAAGAGCCAUGACUCUUCUGAAGGAAAAAGUUCUGAAAGGCAUAGUGUUAAGGCGCACAAAAAAAGGCCGAGCGGCAGAUCUUGCUCUUCCACCAAAGAUUGUGACAUUGAGGCGGGACUCUUUUGAUAAAAAUGAAAUGGAAUUCUAUGAAGCUUUGUAUACUCAAAGUGUCACACAAUUUGAUGCAUAUGUAGAUGCUGGAACACUGAUGAAUAACUAUGCUCAUAUCUUUGAUCUUCUCACAAGGUUGAGACAGGCUGUUGAUCAUCCUUAUCUUGUAGCAUAUUCUAAGACAGCAGAACAUCCUGAAGGAAUGAAGAAUGAAGGAAAUGACACCAUGGAAAGCCAAUGUGGUAUAUGUCAUAAUUUGACUGAAGAUGUUGUGGUUACCUCUUGUGAUCAUGCAUUCUGCAAGACUUGUUUGAUAGACUACUCUGCAGCUUUGGGGAAUGUUUCAUGUCCGUCCUGUUCAAUACCUCUCACCGUGGACUUAACAGCACAAAAUUCAGCUGGAAAGGUAACUCGAAGUGUCAAGGGUCGCAAAUGCUCAGGAAUAUUGAGCAGACUACCGAGCCUUGUGGAUUUUAAGACUAGUACAAAAAUUGAUGCCUUGAGAGAGGAGAUAAGAAACAUGAUUGAGCACGAUGGUUCUGCCAAAGGGAUUGUCUUCAGCCAGUUUACAUCAUUCUUGGAUUUGAUUCAGUUUUCCCUGGAGAAGUCUGGCAUCAAGUGUGUCCAGUUGAAUGGAGCCAUGAACAUUACUGAAAAAGGAAGAGCCAUAGACACCUUCACCCAUGAUCCAGACUGCAGGAUCUUCCUGAUGAGCCUGAAAGCAGGCGGAGUCGCUCUGAAUCUUACUGUAGCAUCUCAUGUGUUCCUGAUGGACCCUUGGUGGAAUCCAGCAGUCGAGAGUCAAGCGCAGGAUCGUAUCCACCGAAUCGGACAGUUCAAGCCAAUCAAGAGCACUAGGUUUGUGAUAGGGGACACGGUUGAAGAGCGCAUACUGCAACUGCAAGAGAAGAAGCAUCUGGUGUUUGAAGGCACCGUGGGCGACUCUCCGGAUGCCAUGUCGAAGCUUACAGAGGAGGACCUCAAGUUUCUUUUCCAGAUCUAA